AUGGCGGUUCGAGCUAGAGACGAAUUUGAUGAUAUUCCCGAUGAUGAACUCGAAGAGACAAUUAUGGAGCGGCUAGAAGGUCUCACCGAGAUGAUUCCACAAGGUUUACGAAAAUCCAUUACGAAUGGGGCCUCAUGGAGUGUGUGGGGAGUAAAAUCCCUUUGGUACAUCGCUCGCCAAGCUGUUUGGAUCGGUGCCACAACGUCACUUAUUAUGUUCAUGCCGUACAUUAUUGAGAAAGAGAGGAGUGAUCUUGAGAAAACUCAGGUAGCCCAACAGCGACAAAUGCUUUUGGGUCCCUCUGCCGCAGUCCAAGCAGCAAAGCAAACGUCAGUUAAUAAAUGA